GUAGCUGUUUGAUUUCGGUACGUAUAGUGUUUGAAUGGAAGAAGCAGGAACAAAGAAGAGAAAAAUGGGGGAGAGAAGAGCAGCAGAUAACAAGAAAGCAGCAACAACGGCAAAGUGGCCUGUUGUUAAACCCAAACUGAACCUCCAGAUUAGGCGCCUUAAAGACACCGAUCUCUUCACCGUGCAGAAUUUCUUCUCAUCUGUAGAAUCAAGGGCAUUUAUUAAAGCUGCAGAGUCAAUUGGUUUUGAACACCAAGGAAGUCUUGGUCCAACAAGAGGUGAAGCGUACCGAGACAAUGACCGAAUAUCUGUCAAUGAUCCUGCUCUUGCGAAUGCUAUAUGGCAGUCUGGACUCUGCAAAUUAUUUUCUGAUAUUAAAAUUAGGGGGAAGGUUGCUGUUGGCUUGAAUCCAAAUAUAAGAUUUUACAGGUAUAAGGUUGGGCAACGCUUUGGGCGGCAUAUUGAUGAAAGUGUUGAUCUUGGAGGGGGAAAGCGCACCCAUUAUACUUUGUUAAUAUAUUUAAGUGGUGGUUCCAAAACCAAUGGUAAAAGUGAUUCAAGCAACCAAAAGGAUUCUGUAUCAGAGCCUCUAGUUGGAGGGGAGACUGUCUUCUAUGGUUCAAGGAAUGGUGUUGUAGCAGAGGUAGCUCCUGCUGAAGGAAUGGCUCUCCUACACAUUCAUGGUGACAAAUGUAUGCUGCAUGAAGCUCGAAAUGUGUCCAAGGGCAUCAAGUAUGUUUUCCGUUCAGAUGUGGUGUUUGCUUGAGGAGAAGCCAUAGUUUUUGAAAUGAGAAAGGUUGAGCUUUGUUGACAUCUGGUAACAAACAUCAUUGCCACCUUCUUUGAGAAGUUAGACAUCAUUAGCUUAGUGAGUCCAGCUUCUUUGUGAUUUUGAUAUUUACCUUGGACUCUGUAUGAGGUGAAGAUUGUUAUGCUUAUCUCGGUGAAUGAGAUAAAGCUACACAUUGCCAUUACUGAGGCAUUAGUGAAUAGAGAAACCAAUUCUGAAACUUCCAUCUAGAGCAUACGUUUGCGAGUAAAACCAGAUAACAGAGAUCACGUUUGGGGAUGAGGCAUUACCUCCUCGAGCAAGAUUAUACUAGCCAACAUGUUAAUUCUCAUUUUAAUGACCUACAAUUAGCAACAUUAAAAGGCCUGUCUGUUUUCCCAGUCGGAACAAUGGGUCUUUUAUAAACCAAAGUAGAAUGAGGUCGGCAGAAUUUCGAAAAUGUGAACUAUCAGAUAAAUUUACUGUAAUAUUUUUGUUUUUGGAUACAUAAUACAGUAAUUAUUUAUGUACCUUGAAACAUGCAGUAUGGUUAGUCAAUGUUGUGCUGAUAAGAAGGAAACAUGCCUUUUGCUAUA